GCUCGCAAAUUUCUCAUACCAUCUCCGCCUUUGACCCCGAACUCGAGGUCAAAAUGACGACCUCGCCACCCGGAGGCGGCAUUACUGAUGAGCCAUGCGCGUUGUUUUUCGAGACCCUCUUUCGAGAGUCGAGUGUUGAGCUAGAAAAGGCGGAACCUUUCGCUAGAUCACGAGAAGAGAUCGGGUCCGUUGCUGUUGUUGGCGGUGGUCACCCCGGCGAUGGCGAAACUGAUGCAGGGCCGCUCUUGCGUUCGUGCCUGAACCGGCCUGAAUCCCAUUCGGCUCUGGCCGCGCAGGUGGUGACGAUAGAAGAGGAAGAGGAAGAUGAGGAGGUGGCGAUCAUUGCUGAUCCCAGGUAUGCUUUCGCCGGAUCGCCGUCGUGCUUGUCGCGGGCAGCGGCGGACGAAGUGGCGAGACCGAUGCAGGGGCUGGGCGAGGUGGGGCCGGCGCGCUUCCUGAGGAAGACGUACGAGAUGGUAUCGGACACAAGUACGGACCGGUUGGUGUCGUGGAGUUCGAGCCGGGACAGCUUCGUGGUGUGGGACCCACACGAGUUCUCGCAGCAGAUCCUGCCUCGAUACUUCAAGCACUCCAACUUCUCCAGCUUCAUCAGGCAGCUCAACACUUAUGUGGGUACUCCCUUCGAACGGGAUUGUGUUUUUUUGUCCUUUUUUUCGCUUGAAAUUUUCCCCAUUGAAACUACCACGUCAACCAUGACGUCAGAAUACCCAUUAAAGAUUCAUCUUUUCACCGGAUUUGUACUUGAGUGCUUUUCUCCAAUGGGCUUUAGGAAGAAGCACUUGCUGAAGAACAUAAGGAGGAGACGCAAACUCAGCGAUCAAACGAAAACAUCGAGUAGUACUGUUGCUUCGGAUUACCCAGAGGCCGGAAAGAAGGCUGAACUUGAAAUGCUUAGGAAGAACCAGGAAGCGUUGAAGGCUGAGAUCCUGAAACUAAGAGAAGAGUGGGAGCACUCGCGGCAUGAGCUCAACCAGGUCACCGAGCGGAUUCGCUAUGCCGAGAGCGGGUAUCAGCGGAUGCUCCUCUCCAAAGCGGCCAAAAGCCCAAACUUUGUCCGGCAUGUAAUCCAAGAGAGGAGGCAGAAGAGAGAAUCAGAGGCUUGUGAAUCGACCGAGAAGAGCAAAUUUCUUGGUCCCGAUAACAAAGCCACCAAAAGCUUGCUCGAAGUAAGGGAUCACAAGAUUCAAAACCCGAAUUUUGAGUGCCUGAGAAUCGGUGAUGAUUCGGCACAGAUGGAGUCUCGGUCAGACAGUGUUUUACCGGUGGAUCUUGAGACCGUUCAGAUGCACAACCUGUGGCCUCCUCCGAUGGGUGGUGCGGAUUUCAGGGUGAUGCAGGGUCAGACACCCGCUCAGAUGGCCGGAGCUAGUCCGUCAGAUUUGCCUUCAGUUUUCCAUGAGAUGUCGGAGAAGCUCGUCAGAGACAACAUGGUCGUAAGCGACGAUGCGAUGGAUGACCAAGGAAUCUAUCUUGAGCUGGAGGGUCUGAUUUAG